GUGAGAGACCGAGCGCUCUACAUUCCUGAUAUCCGUCCUCCGAGACAUGGGAAUUGCCAAUCAUUCUUCUAUACAACAACUAUUCAUAUACCAUAUACAGUAUCAUAUAUAUCAAACUAUCUAGCUAUACGAAAGAAGCCCCAAGUUAUAUACAUCAUGAAUAUUGACUGGCUCCUCGACGGUGGAUACGUCCCGCACGGCGUGAUCCGGAUUGGCAUCCGGCGCCAGUUGGCGCAGCGGCUCGCCGAGAUCAAGACGUCGACGCUGUCGUCGGAGUACGAGCGCAAGAUGAAGUACAUCGAGCUGCUGCGCACCCGUCCCAUCGCCAUUGAGACCGCCACUGCCAACACCCAGCAUUACGAGGUCGGCACGGGGGUCUUGGCGGGGAUGUUAGGCCCGCGCAUGAAGUAUUCCAGCUGCCUGUACCCCAAGGGCGGCGAGACGCUCGCGCAGGCGGAGAUCGCCAUGCUCGACUUGUAUAUCGAGAGAGCGAAACUCCGUAACGGCGUAAGCAUCCUGGAUCUUGGGUGCGGCUGGGGCUCCGCGUCCUUGUAUUUCGCGGAGAAGUUCCCCAAGUCCAAGAUCACCGCGUUCUCGAACUCGAGGACGCAGAAGGAGUAUAUCGAUUCGAAGGCGAAGGAGAAGGGCUUGUCGAAUCUUACCGUCAUCACGGGCAAUGUCGUGGACUACGAGUUCAAGAAGCAGGCCUUUGAUCGGGUGAUCUCUAUAGAGCUAUUCGAGCACAUGAAGAACUAUGAGCAGCUGAUGGCUAAGGUGUCGAGGGCCUUAAAGCCAGGGGGCAAGUUGUUCGUGCACAUCUUCGCUCACAAAACUACACCCUACGACUUUGAGGAGGGAUGGAUGACGGAGAACUUUUUCACCGGAGGAACCAUGCCGUCGGCAGACCUGCUAUUGUAUUUCCAGAAAGAUCUUCAGGUUAAGAAGCAGUGGUGGGUCAAUGGAAUGAACUACUCAAAGACAUGCGAGCAUUGGCUCGAGAAUAUGAUGGCGAACUCAAAGGAGAUUCAGCCGCAUCUAGUAGAGACAUAUGGCGAGAAUGCAAACAUGUGGUAUAAUAGGUGGAAGAUCUUCUACAUGGCUUGCUCGGAAUUGUUCGCCUAUGAGGGAGGUGACACUUGGGGAGUGGCCCAGUAUCUGUUUGAGAAGCCGAAAUAAACGCAAUAGCAAUACCAUAGCACACGAAUAUAACGAAUAGACCAUUUGACUAAUUCUUCUUCUCUUUCAUCAUGCUAACUUCCUGUCGGUUGGCGUUUACUGCGUAUGUACAUCUCGAGUCUCUUCAUCGAGCUUAUCGAAUCUUCUUGGGCCUUGGGUAUCUAACGGCCAUUGUAUUUCAUAUUCGUCUAGUGGUCCCACGGGUGCUUCCAGCCCAUCAAGACAGGGCCAUCUUUCUUCGCUCGGUACAUCAACUACAACCACAUGCUUGCGCCUAGGGCGGUCGCAGUGUAUCUGUAGAUGCGAGGGGCUGGAGUGGCCGGAAUGGGAGCUCGUGCUAUAGGCCAGUAAAGAGGAAUCUUCCUUGAGCCGGGAGGCGUGGGCUGAGGAUCACCAGCCAUUGCUGCUCGAAUUGAUAGUCUGCUGUUCAAAGAAGUGUCGCUGUAGACCGAGAAAUGCGCUUGUAUGAUCCGGAGUGAUGUCGUGAUGGGGC